CGCGACAUAGAGCAAGGCGAUUCGAAGUUGAAUCCGUGUUCUUUUGGUUUGCUUUGCUUUCGUAGCAGAAAUGUUCGUCUCGGCACACGUCACAACACUCAACGCCCAGCCGGGGAGCCCCGUGGGAUCUCGAACAACUCGGAGAGGUCCGAAGCGUGUAACUUGGAUUAAAUGCGCAGUGCGACGUGACUUUACGCCCCAGAAGCGGCAUAUACGCAAUUGUCGAAGCAAGUUGCACCGUCCGUCGACAGUUUGUGGUUUCUCAGCAACUACUUCCGAGCCAAAGAGGACAUACGACAGUCUGUUUCUAAGAACACGCCUUUCCGUGUUUUUCAGCAUUUUGUUCGGUUACUCGUGCUACUACUUGACCCGCAACAGUUUGACGUUCACUGCUCCAGCUAUGGUGGCUUCUCCGUCUUUACAUCUUGAUAUAACUUCUAUUGGUGUUAUCACCUCUAUCUUUCCACUUUGUUAUGGCUGCAGUAAGUUCGUCAGCGGUGUGGUGGGUGAUAUGUUAUCGCCAAGUCUAAUGCUUGGCGGAGGUUUGAUUGCGACUGGCCUUGUAAAUAUUGCGUUUGGUGCGAGCUCGACACUUCCUUUCUUUUGUGUCCUCUGGGCGAUGAAUGGAAUCUUGCAGGGGUUCGGUGCGCCAAGCUGUGCGAAAAUUUUGACUUCUUGGUUCGCUGCUAGCGAGCGUGGAACAUACUGGGGAAUGUGGAACAUUGCCCAUAAUCUUGGAGGUUUUAUGGCGCCCAUCUUAGCUGGAACUGCUGCUCGUACGUUUGGUUGGAACUGGGGUCUGUGGGCUCCUGGCUGCAUAGCUGUCGUUGUUGGUGUGAUCAUCGUCUCGACGCUGAAAGAUUCUCCAGAAGAUAAAGGUUUCGAACCAGUCGAGAUAGACGUCAGCAUUGCCGGCGGACUUAAGGCUGAUGCUGCCGACAUUUCGAAACAACCGAGCCUUUUGAACAAUCUUCUUCAUAAUGUUCUCUCCAACCCUUUCAUCUGGGGGCUUGCUUUCACAUACUUUUGUGUCUAUGUCGUUCGUCAGGGCAUCACUUCUUGGUCAGUAUUUUAUCUUAUCAAAGAAAAGGGUGUGAUCGACGCAGGCGCGGCGGCCGUCCGAGUAUCUGGCCUCGAACUUGGUGGUUUGCUUGGUAGUCUGAUAGCUGGAAGGAUCAGUGACUCUUUGAUUGCGAAAUCAACGAGAGGAGCCGUCGGUAAUCGUAUUCGAGUCGUGAUGGUAUAUCUUAUUGGCGUUGCGGCUUCUUUACUUGCAUUCAAGAUGGUUCCUGCUGGUUGGCCCGUCACUCAAGCUCUCAUAGUUUUUAUGAUUGGGUUCUUCCUGUACGGUCCGCAAAUGCUAGUAGGACUGUGUGGGGCCGAAAUUGUUGGUCGUCGCUCCGUUGGUGCGAGUGAGGGAUUCCUUGGGUGGAUUGCAUAUCUAGGAGCAGCCAACGCGGGCGUUCCACUUUCUCUUCUUGUGCAACAGUACGGAUGGGACGCAUUUUUCGCUGCGCUUCUCACCGCCACGUUUGUCGGAAUUUGUCUGCUUGCCCCGCUCAUCAACGCGAAGAGCUAUCUUCAGCGGGAAUAGCCUGAAAUAAUCGCUCGUAUUCAGUAUAUGACCAUAGUGUCGCAUCUGUAGCGUAUAUCACUCUGUACAACGAAA